AUGACGGUGAUUGGGCAACGUGAAUACGCUGUCAGGCCUACGAGAAGACCCUCCGAGGAGCUUCAGACAGGGCAGCCCUUGGAUAUAGUCGUCCAACAGUUCGACGAAUUCAUCCGAUCACUCCAAGUGGACCCCCACUCGCCCCUCUUCAGGCUCGUGACCGACGGACAGCCGCCUCUCAGACAAUGCCUCCACCCAGAGGCGUGCGGAAAGGAGAUCAAUCUGCCCACAUACUACGCGCGCUUCCACGACCUGCGCAAGGAGUAUGUGAGGGCGUACACCCUGAGGGCGGUCGCCACCCCCCGAGCGCCGGCACCCCCUCCCCCGCCACCAGACCACCCCUCCACGCUGCUCGACAUGCUCAACUAUUUAGGUAUAACUCCAUACAGCGGGGACAACUUUUACGCAGCCGAAGUGAAGGACAUGGCAAGCAUCAUACAGAGGAUAAUCUCGGACGGUUUUCGAUUGGAGCUACCCGAAACAAUCGACCUUGUUUUAGAGACUGGAAUUUGCCGUGACGUCGUCACUCGUGGAGUCACUCUCGACUCUUGCCGAGCGCAUUCUUGCCCCGUCCGCCGUGCAGUGCGGACGUCUCACGCGUUGCAAAGCACGGUGCUUAUCGCGCGCUUCACGCUUUGUAACGCCACCUGCACGCCGCUCGUAAAAAUCCGUGGCGCGAUCGUGUCCCUGAGCCCGAGGCGCGGUGUUUGUUUGUUCUGUGAUAGCUGCACACUUUCGGGACUGGGCGCUUUUAUCGCUCCUCGACGGCAACUUGAGAUAAGGAGCUCAAAGGACGAUGAGAUAGACGGUAACUGCAUCGUGCGCGCCCGAGGUCUACCUUGGCAGUCGUCAGACCAGGACAUCGCCAAAUUCUUCAGAGGUCUAAAUGUCGCCAAGGGCGGCGUAGCGCUGUGCCUGUCGCCGCAGGGGAGACGGAACGGCGAGGCGCUGGUGCGUUUCGUGUCCCAGGAGCAUAGGGAUAUGGCGCUCAAGCGGCACAAACACCACAUCGGCCCCCGGUACAUAGAGGUGUACCGGGCGAGCGGCGAGGAUUUCCUGUCAGUGGCCGGCGGAGCCACAUGUGAGGCGGCCGCGUUCCUAUCGCGCGGCGCCCAGGUCAUAGUGCGCAUGAGGGGGCUGCCGUAUGACGCGACGCCGCAGCAAGUUCUGGACUUCUUCUCGAGCGGCGACGACCCGGUCCAAGUGCUCGACGGGUUGGAGGGAGUGUUAUUCGUGCGGAGAGCCGACGGCAGGGCGACUGGGGACGCGUUCGUUCUCUUCUCCAAGGAGGAGGACGCGCCGAAGGCCCUCUCCAGGCACAGGAAGCUCAUCGGCGCGAGGUACAUCGAGCUGUUCCGGUCAACCACCGCUGAAGUGCAACAGGUGCUGAACCGGUCACUGGAGAGCCGAGCCAGCAGCGCCGGCACGCCCUCCGCCGCCAGCGCCCCGGCCGAGGGCCUGCUGCCGGUGACCCUGGUCCCCCAGCACGUCAUCACGUCGGGGACCGCCAAGGACUGCGUCCGCCUUCGGGGACUCCCCUACGAGGCGCAGGUGGAGCACAUACUUACGUUUUUGGAUGAGUUUGCGAAGAAUAUCGUUGUUCAAGGCGUCCACAUGGUCUACAAUGCACAGGGCCAUCCCAGCGGUGAGGCCUUCAUACAGAUGGACAGCGAAACAAGCGCCUUCCUCUGCGCCCAGCAAAAGCACCACCGCUACAUGACCUUCGGAAAGAAGCAACGCUACAUUGAGGUGUUCCAGUGCUCGGGCGACGACAUGAACCUGGUGCUGACCGGCGGCGUGACGCCGGCCACCUCGCCCAAGGUGCUAUCGCCCGGUACGUUGCUGUCCCCCCCUCCGGCGCCCGCGCCCCGGCUGCUCGCGCACCACAUCGCCCAACAGAGCCUCCUCGCGCGCCAGCACGAGAACCUCCUGCUCGCCUCCCUGCGCCCCCCCAUGACGCUGCUCCCCUACCCCCGCCCGCAGACGCCCGCGUACCCCCUCCCGAUGCUCCCCCAGCAGAUGCUGCCCGCGAAACGGACCUACGAGCGCGCCUUCAGCCAGGCGGACGCGGCCCCCGCCAAGCGGCCCUACACCGUCCCCCAGAUGGCGCCCCUAUCGCUCCCCGUCUUCUCGUACGGAGCGUCGGCCCCUAUAUUCUCCUACGCGAACACCAGCCCUAUGCUGUCGUACGCGAACGCACUACCUACGGCGGUCCCGACCGCGCUGCCGGCCGGCUAUGGGACCGCCCUCUCGGCCGCGCUGCCGCCCUCGAUGACGUCACCCUUCUCGGCGCUCUCGAUGUUCCCCACCUACCCGUACUACCCAGGCGUG